UCAAAAGGUAGAAAAAGGAGUUUUAUAAAUGCAAGCAAUAGUAGAACUUGGUUAAUUUAAUAACUUACAACCAAUAAGCUUAAAUAAUUGUAACAAGUAUAUACCGUUUAAGAUAUGGCGUCUCAUCUAAGCACUAAAGACCGUCUACUAUCAUUAAUAGAUGAUAUGGAACUAAUUGCUAAAGAAAUAAUUGAAGUAUCAAUAGCUCCAAAGUCACAGAAGUUAUCCGCGGCAGAUCACGCACAAUUAACUGAUUUACUACUUUGUAAAGACUCAGAAUUAAAGAAAACACUAGAAUUAGCAGAUGAACAGGCAAAAAUACAACAAAAGAUGAAUGAACUUAAAGCUGAAGUUGACAAUAAGGAUCAAGAUAUUCACCAUUUACAAAGGCAACUUAAAGAUGCAGAACAAAUUUUAGCUACAUCACUGUAUCAAGCGAGACAAAAGCUUGCCUCAAUUGUUAAAUCAAGGAAGAGACCUGUUCCUUCUGAAGAGUUAAUCAAAUUUGCACAUAGGAUAAGUGCAUCAAAUGCUGUCAGUGCACCUCUGUCAUGGCAGCCAGGAGAUCCAAGGCGUCCUUAUCCAACAGAUUUAGAGAUGAGACUGGGAAUGCUAGGUCGUCUCUGUGACUUACCACUGAAUGGUCAUACUCCCUCUACACUUAAUGAGUUACAUCGAAUAACCACUGGAGGAGUUCCAGCAUCAGCUACCAACCAGUUUACAUGGCAUCCAUCAGGAGAGCUUCAUAUGUCAGUUGGCGGCGGUAAUUCUGUUGCUAUAGAUGGACGUAGUAAAGAUGCGCCAACGCAGGAGGAUGUCGAAGUUAUGUCAACUGACUCAAGUUCCAGCUCAAGCAGUGACUCACAAUAGUAUUGUGGUUAAUAACGCACAUGCAAUUAGACAAUUACCGAUGGAUCGUUAAAUCAAAUAGUGUUUUAACUGUUGGUUGGUUUUCCAUUGAAGAGACAAUUCCAAAUUGAAAAGUCAUUAUGACUGUUUCUUUGUUGCUGUUAAUUAAACAUUUCGAACUAUUUAAUAGCCUCAAUAUUACAUUGUACUGUGUGUAAAUGAUUGUAAGAAAUGUGUAAAAUAUAAAAGUUCUCGAUUUAAGCUAUAUGUUAAGACUGUUUUUUAUAAAAUAAAUAAUU